GACGUCGGGAGGCGGUGCCGCGCCGCGGCCGGAGUGGGCCGAGUUCCUUUCCCCACGUUCCCGGUGGUUACUGCACAGGAGCAUGUCCUGCCCUAAUGGGGAAUUAAGCAUUUUGUUGCUGACUCUGGUUCUGUAGCCUUCACUGGAACACUCAAGUGUACAGGGAGGAGCCACUGACAUGCUGGAGUUGCUGCCAGAUCUCAGUUAAUGCCGUUGGAUGAAGAGUCUCAACUUCUUCCAGGUGUCCCUUUAAAACAUUUCUUAUUUCUCCACUUGCUUCUCCCCAUGGAAGACAGGCUGGGGUUCCUUUUCUGCUGUUCAUGCUGAGCAGUUGCUUGGAGAGGUGGUGCUUGAGUGGAGACAAGCCUGGUGAUGAUUCAAAUGUGGGAAUCACCCCGGAUGUGGUUGCUGCUGGUGCUCCCCUGGGAACAUGCCUUGAUAGGGAAUUAACACCAGUCAGUGAUGGGCUGUGGGACCAGCAAAGUGCUUCCCGAGCCCCCCAAAGAUGUGCAGCUAGACCUGGUUAAAAAAGUGGAACCUUACACGGGCCACAGUGACAUCUACAAGCAUUUCAUCAAAGAUGACUGCGGGGCUGUCAUCAAAGCUGGCUCUCCCUCCCCUCCCCAUCACCCCAACCCCUAUCCCGGGAACGCCCUGCCUGCCCAGCAGCCCGAGCCCCGCAAGAACAAAGUGGCCAAGUACCGCGCCAAGUUCGACCCGCGCGUGACGGCCAAGUACGACAUCAAAGCGCUGAUCGGCAGGGGCAGCUUCAGCCGCGUGGUGCGCGUGGAGCACAAGGCCACCAAGCAGCCCUAUGCCAUCAAGAUGAUCGAGACCAAGUACCGCGAGGGCCGCGAGGUGUGCGAGUCGGAGCUGAGCGUCCUGCGCCGCGUGCGCCACACCAACAUCAUCCAGCUCAUCGAGGUCUUCGAGACGCAGGACCGCGUGUACAUGGUCAUGGAGCUGGCCACCGGCGGCGAGCUCUUCGACCGCAUCAUCGCCAAGGGCUCCUUCACCGAGAGGGACGCCACGCGCGUGCUGCAGAUGGUGCUGGAUGGGGUCAGGUACCUGCACACGCUGGGCAUCACCCACCGCGACCUGAAGCCCGAGAACCUGCUCUACUACCACCCGGGCACCGACUCCAAGAUCAUGAUCACCGACUUCGGGCUGGCGAGCGCGCGCAAGAAGGGGGACGACUGCCUGAUGAAAACCACGUGUGGCACCCCGGAGUACAUCGCUCCCGAGAUCCUGGUCAGGAAGCCCUACACGAACUCCGUGGACAUGUGGGCGCUGGGGGUGAUCUCCUACAUCCUCCUCAGCGGCACGAUGCCCUUUGAGGACGACAACCGCACCCGCCUGUACCGGCAGAUCCUGAAGGGGAAGUACAGUUACUCAGGCGAGCCCUGGCCCAGUGUGUCCAACCUGGCCAAGGAUUUCAUCGACCGCCUGCUGACGGUGGACCCCAGCGACAGGAUGACAGCCCUUCAGGCCCUGAAGCACCCGUGGGUGGUCAGUAUGGCAGCCUCCUCCUCCAUGAAGAACCUGCACCGUUCCAUCUCACAGAACCUUCUCAAGAGGGCUUCCUCCCGCUGCCAGAGCACCAAGUCAGCUCAGUCCACCCGCUCCAGCCGCUCCACCAAAUCCAACAAAUCGCGGCGCGUGCGGGAGCGGGAGCUGCGCGAGCUCAACCUGCGCUACCAGCAGCAGUACACGGGCUGAGCUUGAGUCUCUGGAAAGGAAAAUUCAAAAGGAGGACCCCUGCCACAGGUCUGCUCUGCCCUGCAGGUGUGCACACACUCAGUGAGGAACAGCCAGGUUCCUCCCUCCGUCCCUGCAGGAGGUGUCCCCCUCACCCCGUGCGGAGGAGAGGGAACCUCGUGGUGGCCGUGCCAGCCUGCGAGGGUCUCGCACCAGGAACGGGGGAGUCCUUGUGGGCUCAGAGCCUCAAGGAAUUAAGGAGCCACGUGGGGAGAAGAGCUCUUUCUGUAGCCCAGGAGCUUGGUUGUUCAUAGUUAUUUAUUAAUUCCAGAGCGUUUAGUUUCUCUCACUUGUGUACGGAAAAAAGAAGCAAUCACUUGGUGUGUCUGUGCGUGCACGUCCGUGUGUGCACAUACACGUGUGGGGGUGUAGAUGUAUUUAAAAGUUAUGGAUACUCAGAUUUUGGGCUGGUUUAGUCAGACUCCGUGGGGCCUUUGCAGCGAAGCUGGAAUGAGUCAUGUGCAGUUAGAAGUGGGAUAGCUCUGACUCACUGCUGUGCUGCCCACCAGCUCCUCGCCAAAGAGAUGCCAGACAGCAGUUUUCCACCAGGGCUGGGAAGCUGUGAGGUUUCCCCCAAGGGCUGCCAUCCUCCUGAUGAUGUCAAGGGCUCACUUGAUGACAUCAAGGGUUUACCCUGGAAUUGUCUUUUCCCUGUUUGCAGCAAGACCAGUGCCUGUCAUGCAGGGUUUGCUCUUGUGGCUCUGUUGUGUCUCUGACGUGUUACACACUUUGCACCCUUCAGAAGAAGAUUGAGAAGGUUGAUUUUUUUUUUUUGUGCUAAGGGGAAAAAAGAGGGGGAAGGUUUUAGGGAUGUGCUUCCCACCCCAGAGGUGGGAUGGGCUAUAACCACUGUAAGCACAGUGUUACUGACGGUGUCACUGCACCAGAACUUUGGUGCUUCCAGGCUGCUCCCUGCCUGCAGAUUUGACAGGGCUCCCCUGCUUUGUGUGCCUGUGCAGCCCCAGCACUGCCAUCCCCCCUUUGGGACAGUGGUGGUGGGAGCUGCUGGGGUGGCCACAAAUGGCUCCACAGCAUCAGGGUAGGGCUUGAGUAGUGGAAGCCCAGUCUGGGAGUGUCAGCAGUGACAAUACCCUGGAGACAUUGUACAAAUGCCCUAGAGCUGUGAGGGGUGACUUAAGUUCACCAGGAAAAAGCUGCCUUUGAGGAGUCCUUGUGCUGUGUAGGUGAUGAGGUGGCCUCUGACAAAGGACUCUCAGGGGAGAUGGGGGCUGCAGAGCUGAGCUUUCUGCAAGCCUGCUGAGAUUCUCUUCCCAACUAGUUAGAACAGCAAAAUGGGGCUGAUGGCACUGGCACAGGAUGGAUUUGGCUUCUCAUGGUAGCAGAGACAAGAUCAGCAGUGAAGGAAAAUGCCGGGGUUUGAAACUUUUUCUUACAAAGCCAAACGAUUUGCUUUGUGCUGUGCACUUGGGAAGGGCUUGCUUGGCUCUGGGCUGGAGGUGCAGGCAGUCCAAAAUCAAGGGUCUGGUGAGCCUGGCCUUUUCCUAGGAUUGAUGGCUGUGCCACUGUGUUUCAGUGUCAGCAGGGCUGAAGUGGUCAGUCACAUCUCCAGGGAGCUCUCACAGUCACUCCUAGUCAGCAAACAGCAGAGCAGCUUUAAUGGGGGAAGAUUGGAGUUUUCUGUGCUAAGGUAAAAAAAAAUAAAAUAAAGGGGGAUUUCUGGGGGUGUGCUUCCCACCCCAAAGGUGGGAUGGGCUGUAAAUGAGUGUAACCAGCCUGGUGUGCCCAAGCAUGUGGUGGGGAAUAGAGCAGAAACUUGAGGACAGCCACUGUGUGUAGCAGGAGUGAAUGUGAAAUCCUUUGUGUGGUUUUGCAUCUUAUUUUGGAAACCUCACAUUCUUUGCAGGCUGCCCUUGCUCUGAGCAACCCAUCCUACCAUGUCACAUGCAGUCUUUCUUCCAUGAGCAUUAACAGAUAUUGUAGAAUUUCUCAUAUUUGUUUUUUUCAACCCUGUGGACUGCAAACAAAAAUAUUUUCAGCAUCUUUUACCUCCUCACAUUGUUUUUCCCUAGAUUGUAACCAUGAACUGUAAACUAGAUGUGAUUUCUGACAAAGCAGGCAGCUUGCCACGUUUUGCAUCAUACACAGUUCAGUGUCCCUCAUGGUACUGCAAACAGCUCUCCAAAAGCAGGAGCCCCUCUUUGGCCAGUAUCAGCUGGACCAUGGGGCCCUGCAGGUCAGGUGGUGGCAGGAGGCUCCCUGGGAGCACUUCUGGUUCUGAGCCAUUACUUGAAGAGGCUUUGGUGUGUUUGGAGCAUCACUCCAGGCACUGUGAUUGCUUUUACCUCCUGGCUGCUCCCAUGGGCCUCCCCAGAUUAUCCUGCAUUUUUAUCCAUAAAACAGGGAUUUUGCCUGUGUGAGGGGGUCAAACUGAUGAACUGAGCCAAGACCUCUAGAACUGAGACCCUUCCCCUUAACCACUAGACCGUCUAAAUGCACAGGCAUCAUGCAGAUAUCUGCCCAUGCUGUUCCUUUAUCCUUCCCUUAUGGGAUGAGGAAUGCAUAAAGUUCUGGGCUAACCAGGCUUGUUUCUUCACCUUCACAAAGCAGAACAAGAAUCUUCUCAUCUGUAGCAAUUUUUGCUUCAUUGAUCUUUUCCAUAACUGUUUUUUCACCAGGGGAAGUUUGGAUUGGUUACUUUGGGCUGGAAUAUGUUUUGAGAAGCAGGAGGUUGCUGUGCAAGUUCCUGACAGUGCCUGGAUUUGGUGGUGAUGCUCUGUGACUAGGGGUGAAUUGGCAGAAGAGGGGAUCCAUCCAUAACUGAGCAUACUGGAGAGCUGCAUGUGCCUCUCCAUGGUAUCGAGGUGUGUGCAGUCCUUGGGCACUCCACUGUUUGGGAACUGUGGGAAGAGGACCAAGGCCAUCCCAUAAAGAGCUUUGGCUUUUCUAGAAAAAGAAUUCUUAAUUCUUCUCACAAAUGCAAGGUUUUCUUGUUUGCAUGGAAAAAUCAGUGUAAACUUGGGAAAAUCUUUACAGGCUUUCCUUCCAUUAUUCAAUUUUAACACUCUUGGCUCACUCCCUCUUCUGUUUCUAAAUCCAGUAUUCAUAGGAACUUUGCAGCCAGACAAUAACAUGUGGCCAGAGGGGAGAUGAGCAGAGCUCUGUCCAAGUGACCCUGGAGUCCUCAGUGAUCUUUCACUCAGUCUGGAAAACUGUGAUGAUCCAAAUGCCACGUUGGAAGGUCCAGCUUAAGAACAAUUCCUCAGGUGCUUUUAUUUUUGCAAAUGGGACACGUUUUCACUUGGGUCUGGUGUGGAGGGUGACAGGCAAAGUGCUGUAAUUCUGAGCCAUAGUCCAGGUGCCUUCAAUCUGUCCUCUAAGAAGCUCUUCACUGUGAAUUACCUUGAUCAUCUGUCUUCAUUCCACAGGAGCAGCUCAGUGUUCAGUUGGUCUUAAGUCUCAGGAGUUUACACUUUUCAGGAGUGCCUUUUUUGGGGAUUUUAGAAACUAAAAUCUCUCUGAAAUGUUUUUUUCUACUCUUUCAUUUAUUUUUUUUUUAAUGUCCUUCUUUGACUCCUAAUGUUGGUUCUUAAUUUGGCUCGCAGGAUGUUUUUGGGAAACUUCCCUCCUGAACGUGCAGGGAGGACAGAAGUAACACCUGCCUGUUCCAGACCACCACAAAUCUGAGUGUUUCUGUUUUGCCUGCUCUGGCUCACGUAGGGGAGGUGGAGUUGGAAUGACACCUAGUGGCAAAUUGUGGUGUGUCCUCGUCCAAGCACAGCCCUCUCCUCACUGCUCUUUGAGGAGUAAAGGGAAUGAGGGUGGUUUGUCUUUUGGAACUUAGCAGUACUGUGUAAAACAAUCCCAUCCUUUUGUCCUGGGAGUUUGGCUGCUCUCUUGAGGGAGAGAAUUACAGCUUCAAAGAAUGUGGCCUUUUGGUUCCUUUUUUUUUUUUUUGAGGGUUACUGGAAAAGAAUGUGAAAAAGUCUUCCAGAAAUUGCAUUAGGGGGUGUAAAGAUUCGCAUCUAGGUUUUUGAUUGUGUAGUGUAUUUUCCUAAAACAGCAGUUAUCAGUCCAUUUUUUAUUUACUUCUCACUCAGGCUUCUAAAAAUCCUAACACUUCAAUGGGGUGUAGUGGGGGUAGAAAUCACCCUUCCUUCAAUCCUGAAGAAGUCUGUGCUGUUUAACACUGCAGUUGUGAUAGCAUCCAGAUGCUCCUGCCCUGUGUUGUUCUUGGAAGCACACAGCUGUACGUGGAGGAGAGCUUGAGAGCCUUGUGAGGAGCUUGGGCUCAGACCUGCUGGCUUUGGUAGUGAUGUGGAAAGCAGCUGCAGUGUAGGGCCUGCUUCACGUGUUUGUUCUGGAUGUGAUAAACCCUCAUGCUUGGAAUCUGGGUAUUUUCCUCUUUUAGGUGAGAUAUUUUCUCUUCUGGUAAUUUACACUAUUUCUGAGGCCCUGCUCCUUUUCUCAGUCCUGUUUUCUAGCUGGGUGUUUGGCUGCAGUACUAAGAGAGUCAGCUUUUAUGUGAUGCACAAACUGGAAUAGGAAUGAUGGGUCACUUGGCUGCUGGGCAGCAGCUCUGGGUUUGGCUCUGCAGGAGCUGUGGCAAGUCCAGGGGUAGGGUAGAAGCUUCCAUAUGGUGCCUUUGAGGACGUGAGUGCAGGCUCAGCUCAGUCUUGUACCACAUAGGGCAACUACUGUGUGGCUGUUACAGGCUUCUAAUUAGGCUGUGUGGGGCCAUAUUGGUUUAAGUAAUGAUACUGAAGAUUUGGGGGGGUUUGAGGUGGGAUAAAAUAAAUCUCAACUGUUUGACUUAAUUUUGUUGUCUAAGUGAUGCAAAGCAACACAGACAUUGGCUUCUUUGGCACCAGUGUGAGCCCUAGAAUUUGCAGGGAGGUUGGGUUGUCCAGGCCUCUCACCCACUCAGCUUUCUCCUGGAAAGUGUCACGAAGUGCCUGUACCACUCAGUGCGUGUCCCCAGUCCCAAGUUGCCUUCACCACUCUUGGGAGGGUUUUGGUGCUAUUUUUGACUACACAGUCUCCUCUUUCACCCUGGAUUAAGAGCACAGCACUCCAAGGCAGGUGCCUGCAUGUCAGCUGUGCCUUCCUGUGCAGGAAACUUCCCAGAGAAAUAAAUGUGAACACCAGGGACGUGCUGUGGCAAGCAGCAUCACAGAGCUCAGUGCCUUCCACCCUCAGUGUGCCGGGGGCAGCGGGAGCUCUGCCUGUGACAAUUGUCCCUCUCCCACUGUCCCCCCCUGCCUGGUGGUGCUGCAGAUGUGUGAUGGGCGAGCUCUGGCUGCUGUUGCAGAGGUCAUUGCACUGUUUGUUUGCUGAAUGUGGAAUCGGUUGCUGGAGCAGUGAGUGUGUUACAGAGCAGCAGCUCCUGCAGGGACGCCCCGAUGCCCUGAGCUUUCCUGUUGCCUUUCCCUGCGGAAGGACCUCCCAGGAAGCCCUUGGGAUCCGAGAUCUUCCGGCACUUGCUGUUAUUUUUGGUUGCCCAGUUUCCGGUGCUGGGUUGGAACGGUUUGGAAGCGACUCCAGUCUCAUCCACUCGGUCUGUGUCACAUCCAGUGUCCUGUUCUGUGCCUUGCCUUUCGAGUCCUGGCUUUACUCUAAGGACUGUCCUGUCAGAUGAGGUGGGACCCAUUGUAAUUAGUCUGUAAUGUUCAAGUUAGAGUGUACAGAAUUAUUUAUUUGUUGUACUCGUUCUGCUAAAACAUGUUCAUGUAUUCUGUGUAC